AAAACAAUAUUGUCUUCCUGACUUUUGUAAUAAUUUGGGGUUAUUUUUUAUUAAUUAGAAAUGUUAAAUUAAUAAAAAAUUGAUUUAAAGGAAACUUUAAGCUCGUAAUUGAUAAAAGUCUUGAAAAAUGGAGUGGCUUAGUUCAACAAUACUUAAAACGCUUUGGCGACCGACUGUUAAUAUUAUUAGGACGAGAUAUCAUGCAGACAAAACAAGACUUGUAAGGCGUUAUGGCUACGAGGAAAAGAUUUGGAGUGGUGGACUGAUGCCGCGUUCAGAAGGCAGACCAUUACCAAUACCAGAGUACAGACCAUUAAACCCAUGGACUCAACGUCGAGCAUUAUUUGGUCAAAAUGAUUACAUUGACAUUCUGGGUUCCGGCGAAUUGCAUCCGAUCAAGACAUUAUAUACAUUGCCUUCAUGGAUCAAAGGUGUUAGGGGUCAUGAAUAUCAUAUUCUUCUAAGAAAGAAAAAGAUGUUUGCCCGAACUGGUGCUCCGAUGAUUAGACCCACUAAAUGGAAGGAAUAUGAAAAACGUUUGUCUUUCUUAUACAGAAAACUUAACAGGAAAACAAAAACUGGCCCAUCUCCUUGUUAAAUGUUACAUAUUAAAUAUUACUGUAGUAAGUAAUUAAAAUUAGUAUAUUAAAAUUUUAUAAACUUUUUAAUUAUAAAUAUCAAACAAUUUUGGAUUUCAGGUGAAAAAAAAUAACAACUGCAUAAAAUAUUUUUUUAGUCUUUAAUUUUCAGUUUUAAUUUAUUUAUCCGAAAAUUGCAACUUUGACUAGUAGACAAAUAUUUGUUAAUUAACAAUAAAAGAGAAAUUAAAAUGUUAUCCUAUGGUUAAAUAGAAAUGAAACAUUUCUAAUAAUGAGUCAACAAAAUUUCAUAAAAACAAAUUUCAUAAAAACAAAAUACGAUAAAUUUAUAAACUUUUAUGAAUAUAUCACUCAGACUAAAAGCUAUUAAUGUUUUUAAGACAUCACUGGUAAAGAAGAUAAAAUUGAUACAUUUAAUAAAAUAAGUGCUUUUAUCUUAUUAAAAACAAGUUUCCAUGUAUCCGUGAUCCGUGUUGUACUUAAAGUGUACAAAACUUUAGUUCAACCUGUUGGGUGGAAUUCAUUUAAAAUUCAGUUGCAAAAUGAACCACACAUUAACUGACAUCCUAAUAAUAUGCUCUUUACAAAAUAGUCAACAAUAAUUAAUUUAUUUUCUAAAUAUUGCAUAGGAAGGCUCCUCAAUAAUUUAUAAGCCUCAAUAGCAAUAUUGGUGUGGUUAAUGAAGCAUGUGUUUGACUCUAUCCAUUAUUAUCCACUAGUAGUUUUAGAAAAAGGAAAUUACUAUUAUUUUAUUAUUCAGUCCCAUUAUAAUUUUCAACUUUUUGUUGACAAUAUAUUUUUAUUAUAUUCAUUAUAUUAAUAGUUGUUACAUACAAAGAUCAACAAAAGAUAUAUUAUAUAAAAAGUUGUUGCAUAUUUUACUUUCAUACUAAAUCUUAAAAUCUUAUAUUUAUAUUUAAAACUAUAUAGUAAUAAAUUUUUAAUAUUAUAAAGCUGGAGAUUUUUAUGGUUGAAUGCAUUAUGUAAUCUUAGAAUCACUAGUGCAUAAAUCAUGCUUGUACUUAUAGAUCCAAAGUCCAUCAGGGACUGACAUUUUAUGUCACGCAUUCCGAAGCGAUUAGAUUAAAAUUAUAUAGUUUUUGACUGGAGCCCCUCGGCUGGCUGGCCCUUUAAGUAAAAAUAUCGGGCCUGGCGAAAACUUAUUUCUCUAUCACAUAGUAUGUCGCCCAUUUAUUGAAAAAUCACAACCGAUCCGGCAAACUACUGUUAUUUUUGUAAUAUUUGAUAUAUAUGAAACCUGGGUAACCGUGGGGAAAGCUUGCUUAUUAAUGAAUAUAUAGCCUCUUGGAAUCACAAGAGGAGUAGAGAGACAAAUAUAGUAUUUUAGAGAUCUUGAAUAGUUAUUCAGUAAUGUCGGCGAAGUAGUUAUCGGAGCUUUGGAAGUAAAAUUAAAGUAGAUAUUACUAGUUGAGUGGAGUGAGAUUAAUGCAUAAUAUAACACAACUAUUAGAAAAUCGCAUUGAAUAUGUAAAAUAUUCAUAUUGUUUACCAACCCUUUCUUUGGAACCAAAUGCGAUCGGAACAGUAUCAUUCCAAGCUUCUUUAGUGAUUUUACUGGAUGGUAAUCUUUAGUCCAAUUGUGAUUUGAUUGUAAAAUUUAAAAUUAUGUUAAUUGUGCAUUAAAAAUAAAUAGAUGGAAAGGAAGGUAAA